AUGAGUGAUGUUGGUUUGGUUAAAAGGCGCCUAGCUACAGGCCACAUGAAGAGCAAACCAUUUGAAGAGGUUUUAGCGUCGUUCCGAAAUAUUAUUAGAGAUUCAAAGAUGUUCGAAAGUCUGUCAAAACAGCUGCAGCCUUGGAUGAGAAAUUUAACGAGAAUACGAUGUUUGGCUAUAGGAUCGUUUACAGAAGAUAUCCCCGCAAGAUACCAGCUUGCACUACUAUUGGAGUUAUCCGACCUAAUAAAGGCCGAAACCCAGGGGAAUACAGUAUCGGUAUCGUUAUACGAUCCAGUGUUCAAUGAAUCUGAUUUGAAUUUUAUAGAGAAAAUGUGCACCGAUUGGACUGUCGAGAAGGAAGUUGAGGGGUCCAAAGAGGAUUCGGAAUCGACACUUUUCUUUCUUCCCCAUGCACCUCUCGAUCUAACCGAGAGUGUGUUAUCUAGGGAAAAGCCAAUGUAUCUACUAGCAAAUAACAUCAUUAGCCACACUGAUAGAUAUACAAAGGUCCAAUUAUAUGAAAAGUAUCCUCUGAUGUGUAAGCUUGUUUAUUUUUCGGCACCAGACAGUUUGGGGAUAGGGACAAAAGCUAAGCACGAUGGAUUCUCCACUUUCAUACCAAAGAGGAAACGGAAGAAUAACAAGUAUAUCCUGAAAGAGCCUGAAAUCGAUUUCCAAAAAGUGGAUUCGUACUUCACUACCUGCACAGUCGUCUAUGAUUUUGAAAAUGGCCAGCAACUGAGGAAUCAGCCAUGGGUUAAUUCGUUUUCAGAUUUGUGUCUACACAGUCUCUGGUAA